AGUAGCUAGCAGAAAUAGAGACCGAUCACCUUUCCAGAGCUCAGAAAACAUUUUCUCUUUCUUUCUCUUCCAAACCUCUGGCUCCAGUCCCUGAUGAAUGAAACCGUGGUAGUGUGUUAAGGGGUUGUGCAAAAAGCCAUGGCCUUUAAACCCUAGCAACAAAAAGCAUCCAAAUCGUUAGGGUUUAUUUCUUCCGUUGAUAUUCAAUAACUUUAAAAGGUUCUUCAAAGAUGUCGAAAUCCAAGAGAGAUCCAGUAGUGACGUUGUCAAAAAAAAAAAAAAAAGGAAUGCAUCAUAAAGAGAACAUACUGACCAGCUUUGAGAACACGAGGAAUCUCAAGUUUAAGCAGCUCGGAGAGCAACUCAAAUCCACUAGCAGGUGAUAAUGAAGAAGAAGAGUUUGUAGGCGUUGGUGCUCGAUUUGGUCCUACUUUGGAAAAGUGAGAAUAUAGAGAGUUCAAAGAUUGAGCAUGCAAAGAGGGUGGAACAAUUGAGGAAAAUGGAGCUUAAAAGGGCUGAUUAUAUGAAGACUGAGAAAGCAAAAAAAGAGGUUGAGAAAUUGGAGUCUAUAAUGAUGGUUUCUUCGCAGGCGAUCGAGUCAACGUCGGAUGAAAUAGUCAAACUCCGAGAGGAAGAGCUUUACCCGCAACUUGUUGAGCUUGUUAAAGGGUUAGUCUUCUUUUUUUAACUUCAUUUUGAUUAUGAUCAUAUUGAACAUGAACUGGUUGAAAUCAUGGAGCCAUGACCCAAGUCCCAAACCAUGGUUCGGUUUUUAUUUAAGAGAUAUUAAAUCAAGUAUGAGAGUUUGAUUCAAACUGGUUUUCACGGUCUUGCUCUGGCAUGGCUAAGAAGUUGAAACCGAGUAGAGACAGUUUAGUGUCAUGGUUCUAGCCAAAGCUACCAAACUGUGAAACAAAUCACCUGAGACCCUUACAUUCCUUUGUGACAAACUCACAAAUUCAUCCACUCGCAUUUAAUGGAACAUACAAAUGUAAAUAGUGCGUGCUUUCACCUUUCCCCUACCUUUUCUUCACUAAGACUAUAUGGUGUGGGUCGCGCCACAUAAGCGAGGGGCUUUAUCGUUAACUUGCACGCUGUGGGAUAACACCCCUUUAAAGCCCCCUUUAACUAUUUAAAAAAAGAAAAAGAAAUUAGAAUAUAAAAACGAUUCUGAUUGGCUAAAGUCUAAACCACGUGGGACCCCUCCUCUCCUUCCUUUUACCCCCGCCAUUGCUUUGGCUGACGUGGGGCGGCGUUGGGGGUGCCAUCAUGCACACAUGGGCAUGGGCCGCUACCCCACACUGUAUAGCCUAAUAGUAUAGGAGAGAAAAUUUUCCUUCCCCUCCCCCUGUUAAAUGAGACUCGGGAACAUAUGCACUUUCGGUGACUUGCAACCUGAAGUCCAGGAUUAAGAGAAUGGAAAAAAGUGUUGGCUAACUUAGGUAACUGGCUGCUGCCAUAUAUUGUAACUUGUGCUUUUCUUUAUGUAAAAUACUUGGUUCUUCUGUUAUAAUUCAGUUUCAAGUUUUCAGUUUUCAUUUUUCUCUUUGUAGAAUAUAGGAUUACUUUUUUAUAAGUUCAAUGUUGUGGUGAGUGAGAGUGAGGCAUGUUUUGGUGCACAAACCAUAUGGUUAUGCCAAGAACUCUUUUGGAACAGAAAACAUUUUGAAAGUUUAUAUGUAUGUAUUAUGUGUAUUUUUUUAACUUUAGAUGCUUAGAGAUGCAGGAUUCGAGAAGUGAUAGCAGAGGAUCGAACAAAAUAGGUUCUUUCAUAUAACCUCAUUGAUAAUUUUAUUCAAAAGUUUACAUAUUAUUGAAAUAAUAUGCUAAUUAUACAUGCCACACUAAUAAUUUAUAAAAAGUUGGACAAUCAGUUUUUGUGGGCCUAUUUGAAUCUGUAAAAAAAGGACACAUUUUGACCCGUUACCCAUAUUGUCUCACUCAUCAUCGCUCAAAAUCGAACAUCUGAAUGUCAAUUUCAAAGGUACGGUUACUCAAUUGUUUCAUCGCUUAUGUUGAUUAUGCUGUGUUUUUGUUUUUGUUUAUGCUCCAACUAAACUCCUGUCAAUGUAAACCCAGGCGUCACAGACUUUAGAGAAUAGUCCAAUGUUGAUGAUGGGUUGUUUCCAAGGCUAAACAACUCAAUAAGGAACCUUCACUUUGUAUAUGCUACUGUGUGCUGCUACGAUCGCGUGUGUGUUCAUUUUGGUGCCAGAAACAAAGGGAAAGACAUUGGAGGAGGUUAUUGACGCCAAAGGAGUUGUUUACCAUGAGGAUGUUAUGGUGAAUAAGAUGUUCACAAAGCUUUCAGCCAGAAAAGGACGCUGCGAUAUUUACUGGAUCAGAGGGAAAUGGGUCAAAUUCUUUAUUUUAGUGUUGGUUAAAGAGAUUGAUUUUAAAACUAAAUCAGUUGAGAAAAAGAAGCCAAAACAUAAGGACGACGAAAAAAACCCGAAGAAAGAUAAAGAGAAAAAGAAAAAGGAGUCAGAAAGGGAAGACGAAAAUGCCGACAAGAAAGAAAAGAAGAAAGACGAUGGUGGAGAAACAAAUGAAGGAGAUAAAGUGCUGGGACCUGGUUCGGGGAUUGUAAGAUUUAAAUCGUCUCCGAAAGUCUCUGUAUAUGGUGGCUCUCCUACCACGACUAUAGCAAAGUCUUCCGAAAACAGGAAAGUGGAAACUCCAGAAGAGAAGAGAGAGUACGGAGAACCCGAAGAAAGUAGUUUGACUUUAGGUAAUCUUGGUUGGGAUUCUUGUUGUGGAUCACUUCAGUGUUUGGAUCAACUGUUUUUUCCCACAGCUGAGAGGAUUGUUGUACCUGUAAAAUACUAAUUUAACCCAUGGGUUAGGCGGGUUGGGUGAUGGGUCAAAGUGGCUUACAGCCUAACUGGUCAAUUUCAAAUUCGGGUUAAAAUGGGUAUGCAUGCGUGGUUGGGUUGAUGCACCAAACUUCUCUUUAACUUUUUAAAUAGCAAUGUAUAAGAUAUAACUACAAAAACCAAAUUUGUGAUUAAGGUAACCAAUUUCAGUCAUCAACUAAUUUUAGGCC